UAAGACCACUUUUGAGUCUAGUGCGCGCUGCUAGGAAAGAAACUCGCAUCGCGACUCGUCUCUCUAGGUCACAAUAUUAAUAACGAUGUAAGUAGGCGAUGCAACCGAGCCGAAUUUGAUCUAGUGUGUUGGAAAAACAAUGGACCCGGUGACAUUUCAGUGCGGUACGUGCGGAUUUACAUAGUUCUGUAUUGGGAUCGAAGGCCUGCCGUCGAGGAUUACCUUUCGGGAUUGGUGUUCAGUGCAAAAACGACAGACGGUGAACAUCUCUCAACGAAGUCUUAAAUAUGUAAUACACCAUGGCCACCAUCGACAGUGGUACAGAGACGCUCUUCUCUGAUGAAUCACCAUGUGAACUGGUGUGCUCCCCAAGCGUAUGCUCUGGCGAUGACACAGAGGCACAGCAUGAGGGCACCCGGUCGGUUAACAGUAGGCUGGCACCACCUAAUAUUCAGCCGUACAGUGGUGUUCUUGAAAAGGGUAAGGUGGUAAUCCGACCCAUAGCCUUCAAACCGGCAGCCAUGACGCCUUCAGCCAGAUUCGGUAUCAGCGGAGAGCGAUACGGUUCGACGCCCAUUCUCACCAGGCCCGGAUCAAGAUUGACCCUCUAUGGAAGUAACAACGACCUCCACCAGCAAAACGUAAACAUAAACAAUUAUUCCCUGGACCGAAAGCUCCGAUCGUCCUGUCCGUCGGCGUCUUCGUCACCGCCUUUGGCCUUAAAUUCACUUUCAUCUCUUCCUCAUAGUCAUCAGCUGAUCAACUACGACAGUCUGGAGAGCGUCAGAAAGUCGCCUAUUUCGAACACGGACCAUUCCAUUGGAAACAAGCCCUCCUACCGACUGAUCUCCACCUCCGUGGGGGGCAGUCUCAUGGACCUCACCCCCUCCCCAUCGGAUUCCGGCGUUUCAGAACUAGAGGCCGCCCUCAGAGACCGCGACUCGGAGCUCGCCUAUCUGCGUCAGACCAUGGAGCACAACGAACAGGUCAUCUUCAGGGUGUACCAGGAGAAGGAGAAAGUAUGGGAACGCGAACUGAAGAGAUUAAAAACGGUCCAGGAGAACCGACUAAGAGCCAGCGCCCAAAAAGUGCUCAAGCUGGAGCAGAUGCUGAUGAUGCAGACGUACCAGCUGCAGCAGGACAAGAAGAGGCUGCUGGUGGAAGCCCAGAGGGCCAACAUGCAGAGCGAGAGGCUCAAACAGGAGGUGGCGGUGUUGAGGGGCAGGUUGGAGGAGACGGAGUGGGGGUUGUGUCAGAAGACUGGGGAGAUUUCGUUGCUGAAGACGCAGCUGAAGGAAUGCCAGAACGACCAGACCAAUAAAUGUCAGGAAUUGCUGCAAAUCCGCACCGACCACCGCGAUCUAAGGGAGCAACUGGAAGAAAAGGACAAAGAAAUAGAACAGCUCAGAGCCUCACACACCUCAAAGGACAAAGAGGUAUCUAACCUUAAAGAUGAAAUCAAAAAGCUCAAAUCUAAUUCGUUUUCCCCCACCUACGACUCAUUGGACCCAGUUGAGAAAAACAUCGAGGACUUAUCAGAAACGGAAAGGCUAAGGGCCGAAAUUAGGGAGCUUAGGGAAGAACUGUCAGACAUGAGCCUGAACGACUACAGCGGCAUAGAACCAGGAAGGGUACAAAGAAGCCAGAUAAUCGCCCAGGAGGACAGCCUAGAGGACCUGGAGAUACAAAAACUAAACGGAGAACUCGUCGACGAUAACAUCUACUCCAACCCGGAAAUAGACAAACUGAGACAGGAACUAGAACAGCGGACGAAGCAGUUCGAAAAGGAGAGACUCAUCUGGGCGCAAGAGAAAGAAAAAGUGUUGAGGUAUCAGAGACAGCUCCAGAUGAACUACGUGCAGAUGUUCAGACGCACUAGGGUCCUGGAGGCGGAAAUCGAAAGCCUCACGAUCGAGCUGGAACUGGAUAAAACGGGGGUGAAGAAGAAACUAGACUUGUCGCAAACCAUCGAGUUAUGAUCGUGGGUCUGGCGGAGCUCUAUGGUAUUUUUUCUCAUGUAGAAUCGCUUCUACAUUUGUGGGUUAAAAGUGCUGUAUUAAUGCUUUUAUACAGGGGGUCGCAACCUAGAACUUUUAUUACAAUUCAGAAAAGAUACUGAUGGUCCAGAGGCAUUGUUUGUAAUGCCUGAUUUUUCUCUUUAGUUGAUGAUAUUUCGUUCAGAAUAUUGAGCAAAGUUAUCUAUAACUUUACAACCAGUUUCACCAGUUUUCUUUCUAUUGGCGGAUUCGUUGUGGUGUGCUAAAAUCAAAUUUUAAUUACUUAAAUUUCAAGUAGAAUGACUGAAAGAAUUAGGCUGAUACAGACGAUAUGGGAAGUACGCUUUCUAUUUUGUUUCGUAAACGCUGUUAUCAGUUACAUGUAUCUCCAUCUUGAUUACAAUAUUUCAAAAUAAAAAAAUAUAUAUUCGUGGAUAUGUAAUAUACUUUUUAUCUCUCAACUGCAAUCUAGUAAGUCGGUAAUUACUGCAAAUUUAAUUAUGUCUGGAAAUUGUGACAGAGGAAUUAAGGCUCACAGAAAUAGGAACAUUAAAAGUAGUUCACGUUAUUUCCUCUAUUACAAAUUUUGAUUAAUGUUCAGCCAAUCUCUAAAAAAAUAAAAUGUGGCAAUCAGCCAAGAUUAAAUAUCGUACCGAAUUUCCGUUAUUUAACACAAUUUUUUUACAACUUUGACAUAUCACAAUAAUAAACAACCUAACCUUAAAAAAACUCCCCGCGCGCGCCGUUCUUGAUAGCCUCAAUGAUUUGGGACCGAGGGGCUAUCCCUCUUUGUCCUGCCUCAUCGCUGUGGACCUUGACAGCUUCGUGAAGGUGGGUCCCAUCCGUCGUCGACCCCAACUACAAAUGUAGCCGAUGUAGACGCUUUGUGGGACCUCCUCUUGUCCUGUCUGACACCCGUCUUCUGGCGCGUUGUUUCUCGAAAUUUCCAUGGGUUUCUAAGAACCUUAGAGCACAUACUACGUGGAAUAAGCACAUCGUGUUAAAAAGUGUAAACGCUGUAGAGAGAAAGGGACGAUGGUUUGGAUAUUCGCUCUCUCUUUCUCUCAAUUUUAUUUGAAUAUCCCGAGAAUAAACAAACAAAAUCCAUCACAACUUUUGUUUGCUUUUUCAGAGGUUAAGAAGUGCCUUUUCUGCUAGAGAGCUUAGGGAGUUGCGUUAGCCAAUCACGUGCCAGCGAGAGAGAGAGAUAGUACCCAACAUAUCCCCUUCUCUUUCUCUUUGACACAAUUCUAAAACAUGAUAGAAAGAAACAGAACAUAUUCUUGGAACGUCAUGAAACAAAUGAGUAAACAGAUGUGUAAGCAAAGCACACUAGGCGAAUUUCGCUAAAAUAUUACGAAAUAAGUAUUUUUAAAAAAGUUUAAGUAGAAAAGAGUCAGUACAGUACGAUCUUAUUUUCCUUUGAACGUUGUACAAUUGAAAUGAUCAACAAUUUAUGAGACCCCUUGUAAAUUACGAUGAUUAUUUAAAUAUAGUUACAUUUUAGGUUACUUGGCAGCGACCUUAGAGAUUGCUGCAGUUUAGGUUAAUGGACCAUGUUUUCUUAAGUUUUCAUGUGAUUUUUUUUCUCAUUAUUAAUUUAUUACCUUUACAUUGUACAUAACUAUUACUCCACCACGAUUAACAUUUUACCAUUAUUU